ACAUUCAACGUAAAAUUUCAAUUUCAAACGGUUUUCGAUUGUGUAGUGUUUUAGGUCGUUUGUCAAUUUGUGAAACAUUUAUUAAAGUGUAUUUUUUAUUACAAUAAUGUCCGUAUUUGAUGAAAUAAUGUGUAAACUUAAUGAAAUAUCGAACAGUUAUGUUCGCUCCCUAAACGAAGACAUAAAGGUCGCUUUCGACGCUAUAGAUAAGUUUGCUGAGGAAUAUCAGAACGGACGCGGGAAACGGGACCAGAAUCAGAAAAAGGCCCUGGUGAAUACGCUUAUGAGCAUAAAUGAAGACGAAGAUGAAAACUCCCCCAAAGAAGUCAGGAAGUCCAGGGAUGGCUCGGAGAAGCGGCUCUCGAACAAGCGGAGCAAGGAGCAGGUGGACGGCAUGUUGAGCCCUGAACAAGAGAAGAGACCCAAGAGAAACGCCUCCGUUAAGGCUCAGAACAAUAUUACCAAACAGAGACAAGCCCUGGAGUCUUUAAAUCAGAACAUUUUACUUCUCAGUGAUGAUGAAGACGUGGUGAACGUGAGUCUGACACAGAAGCUGCGGCGAGACGACACGGACAAGACACGGCGACGUAAGGAUGACGACAAGGAGAACACGCUGCCGGUUGUACAGGUGAAACAAGAGAAGAUAUCCCUCCCUCCGGAGCCCAUGGAAACAGAAGCGGUGUUAGACAUACCGCUGGUGCCUGUGAAACAAGAACCCAGUAAGGAUGAAGCCUCCAUGCCACCACCAGCCGCUCCUGUUCCAAAGCCCCGCAAGCUACCACCAAAGGAGAAAUCUACGGAUAGUGAGGACGAGCCGUCCGGCAAGCGCAGCACAAGAACAAGGAAGAAUACGGAGACCAUGCCGCCACCACCUGCUCCAGCACCUGUGGAGCGAGCAGCGCGAGCGUCUCGCCGCGGCACGGCCGCUAGGCAGGCCGAAGCGGACACGCAGCAACUACCGCCUCCAGAACCCAGGCCCAAACGCACCCGAGCUAAAAAGAAAGUAUCAGAGUCCUCAACUACAGACAUAGAAAAUACACAACCGCCCGUAGAAAACAGCAUUGGUACACCAGACAAACCUCGACCAAAGAGAACUAGACGAGGGAAGAAAGCAGCCGAGGAAGAACCACCUAAACCAAAAGAUCCAUCCCCAGAACCAGAAAUAAUCACCCCCAAAGAAGAAAGAAUAUCCAUCCCCGAGACCCAAUCGCCCGCCAUACCUCAAAAGACCGUCAAAAAGACCAAAAACGACUCAACGCAAUCUGUUAUCUCAGAUGACUCGAUCCAAUCGAAAAAGGGCGGUAAGAAGAAGGGGCCAAAGUCCAAAGUUGACAAGCAAGCGAUGGAGGAGACUCAGGUUAUAAGCAAUGUGAAUACAACGGUGACUAUUAGUAUGGAUAAGACGGUCGUGCUGACUAAUGGGGUGUAUGACCAUACUGACGGAAAGACUACGAUUGCAAUGAAUGAAACAGUCGUGUUAGACAAAAUCAACCGAGACACCAUGGUUUUGGACAAACCACAAGCUAAGAUUAUGGACUCCACAGUUGUUAUAGAGAAAGACGGCGCGACGCCCAACAUGACGGACGACCUGUCCCUGCUCACGGACGACAACAGCGAGGAGUACUGCACGCCCACCAAGGACCACAAACAACCGGAACCCACUUCUGCUGUAAAAGCCAAAGUACAACAAUUUGAAGAGAUGGCCGCCAGGACCACUAGGACAAAAACGAGAGCUAUGGCCAAAAAGGCCGCCGAAACAGAAAACAGUACGCCGCCCGACAAAAUAAUAUCCAAGCAGGUUCUGUCUGCGGACACGCUCACCAAGAUGAACAACAUGAUAUUCAACGGCAAGACCACUCAGAUAUCAAGUUCAGCCACAAAGCCGACCGCGAAACUGCCCCCUGUAAAGACGUUGCCGGCUUCAGCAUCUAAAGUGACCGCUAUCAAUAAAGCCCGCGAGGAGCUGCUCAGCAAAGAUGACGCGAGGAAGAAGAAGGAAGCCAUGCUGGAGGCUAAGAAGGAGAUGCAGAAACGAAAACGCGAAGAGAAAAUGGCGGCCGCCGCAGCGGCGCGGGAAGCGGCCGAGAAGGAACGCAGGGCCGCGCUACAGGCGCAGGCGAGGGACAGGAUGGAGAAACAAGCCCAUGCUGAUCAAGGGAAACUAGAAAAAAUGAAGGAGGUAGAAAGGAAAAAGCAAGAGCUAGCGCGUAAAGUGGCGGAGACGGAGGAGCGGCGCCGCGCCGAGGAGCAGGCGAGGCUCGCGCGACUCGCCGAGGAACAGAGGAAGGCUGACGCGGCCAGGAAGAAGCAGCAAGAGGAAAGCGAGGCUAUGAAGAAAGAGGCUGCGAUGAUGGCUAAAGACAUCGAGAAGAGACAGAAAGAGUAUCUCGAGAAACAGAAGAUGAAGCAAAGAAUGGAAGCUGACAAAAUGCAUACGCCAUUGAAGAAUGGCACGAAAGCGCCUCCGAUGGAGCCCGUGUACAUGCAGGACGGCUUCCAGCACCUCAACUCGGACGAUGAUGAUGAUGACGCGCCCCCUAAGUUCCCCACCCCCGCCUGGUGCAAGUCGCGGCACCGGCAGCUGGCGCUGCAGCACCUGCUUCCCAACGGCCUCGUGGACGCGCUGUUCUCGGUGCGCGUGCACCACGUGGACCUGCGCGCUAUAUUCCCGGCCGUGGAGCGCGCCGCGCUCAAGCGCACCUCGUCCGCCGUGUGGCGCACCCCGCCAACCUUACACCUGUCCAGGGUCCAGGAGUCUCCGGUAUAACAUCGAGUUGAGACCAGUCGCGGGCGAUCAUUGUAAAUAGUAUUAUGUAAUUUGUAUGUUAUCGCUAAUUAUAUAUAGAUAUAUAAUGCCGACCAUUUACUAAAGACCUGUUCACGCCCAAAAUUACUCUAAUUUUCUAAUAUAUAAUGAGCUGCUGUUGCCAUCAUGUAUGUUCUCAGUAUAGUAACAUUCUAAUUUUAUUCACCAGAAAUUAUAAUAAAUAAGGCAAUCAUACACAAAUAGAGUCCUUCUAGAGUUAGACCAAGAUAAGUCUGCAACGA